GUAGUAGGUGAUUCAGUCACAGGAAACCCUCAAGCACUCGCCCAACGUAAGGCCCGCUCACAAAGGAGGACGACCAUGCAGAGAAUGAAUGAGAUGUGGAGAAAGAUGCCUCUAAUGCCCAUCCUGUGUGUUCUGCUUCUGCUCACUUGCCAGAGUAACUGUCAAAAUACCACAUCAACAUCAGUAGAACCAUCGAGUGCUGCCACAGAACAAACAACACAACAACAACAACAUCAUAGCACUGUUGGCAACAUAGUGAACUCUCAAACACUGACUGGCACAGUUAUCAUUGUUAAUCCAGAAUCUACAGCUAGCCCAGUUACUGGGAAUCCUGGGACUACUCAAUCUGUGGCAUCUGAAAAUACUACAAAUAUCAUGGGUAGUGGUGAUCCAGCUAAACCAGCAACCAAGCAACCGACAGCCGACAUAGCAAGGGCAGCCCCCAAUUCCCAAGACACAGAGAAAAGUCAACCUACUACUGGCAGUAUCAGUGAUAACAGAAACAUGGUAGAGAAAAGCCAUAAUGAUCAUUUAAAUGCAGUGAGUACUGUGGCCUCCGGAACAGAUAAACCUGGGAAUGUCAGAAAAAGUUAUAGUGAGGAGUCCAGUCAAGGUGCUUCUGUUUUUUGGGGAUUGCUUGUUACUGGGUUGCUCCUUGCUGCUGCACUGAUCGGAGGACAUGUGUGGAAAAAUCACAGGUGCUCAAAGGGCAAGGGGAUGGCACUGGCUGAAGAGUCAUGUGUGGCUGACGAAGAGAACCAGGGCAAUACGCUGGUGUCUGUUGCGCCCCUGAAUCCACCCGAGAGCCAAGAGAAGCCGAGUCAGAACGGAGAGUCCCUCGAGUCUGUGAAGCUUCAGAACCCGCCCAACACCAUCAACGGCCACUCCGCCACUAAAGCCGACACUGAGCUGUGAGAGUCCAUCUCAACCACACAGGUUAUGGGUCGAAGAUCACUAUCACGAGCGCUGAUGUGCCCCAACCUUGGCCUAUGAAUGACUGUGGAAUUGAUACAGUACAGUUAGCAAUACAACUAACAAGCAAUGUAGCUUAUAAUGACGUAGUAAGUAAGUCAUGUAUUUGUCUAUCACCUGCCCCGAUACAUUGUUUUAUACACCGAUCAGCCAUAACAUUAAACCACCUCCUUGUUUCUACACCUACUGUCCAUAGGAGCACUUUGUAGUUCUACAAUUAC